AUGGCGAAGCGUGGGCUGGUGGAGCAGCCGAGCUGUUCCAGCACCACCAACACCACCAACGUACAUGGCUGCUCGGGCGCUAGUAGCGCUAAACGUGCUCGAUUCUCUGUUGCCGCUUUGCUGGACGCUCGACCAACUUCUCCAGAAAGCCCGGAUUUUUCUCCAUGUCCUUCACCUGAUUCCGUUCCGAUUCAAAGUAAACAAUGUACGACACUAAGCAGCAACACGAAUAGCGGCAGUCCUCCCGGGAAAACGUCUCAAACACCGUCAAAAGGAGAUCCUCUGGAUGGGAUCGAAUGUCGUUUGGAAGGAGCUGAAUUGUGGGAGAAAUUUUAUGAACUCGGCACAGAAAUGAUCAUCACAAAAAGUGGACGGUACCGUUACAUUUACAAUAAAUCUGCGUGGUUAACGGCAGGAAAGGCUGAACCUGCACCGAAAAAUCGACUUUAUUUACAUCCAGAUUCACCAUAUACAGGAGAGCAGCUACUGAAGCAGGUGGUUUCUUUCGAAAAAGCCAAACUUACCAACAAUGAAAUCGACAAGGCUGGACACCUGAUCUUGAACUCGAUGCACAAAUAUCAACCAAGAAUUCAUCUGGUUCGGCGAAAUAAGGGACAACAUCUGGACCACAAUAAGGUAAACCUCGCCGAUGAAGUCCAUCGAACAUUCGUUUUUCCUGAGACGCAGUUCAUGGCCGUGACAGCAUAUCAAAAUCAAUUAAUAACCAAGUUGAAGAUUGAGAAAAAUCCGUUUGCAAAAGGUUUCCGCGAUCCAAGCGGUAGAUCACCCGAGUACGAGAAUGAUUCGCGGCCAGAGCUACCUCUUAUUAUGCCUAUGUACAAUCCAGUGCUUUUUCAGCAAGCACUUCUAAGUCAAUAUUACCUCAAAGCAGCUGCUGCAAGGGUAAUACCGUCGCUUAAUCCGACGGUACUGUCACACGUUCUUUUAUCGCAAAUCCCUCCAAUUCCCAACUCUGACGUCACAUUGGCUAACAUCAACAAUUCACCGGCAAAAUCGGAGAGUUUACCAAUCUAG